GAAACCAUUAGGUCUGAGCGUCCAAGAACUGUCCAAAUUUAUGGAUUUAUUUUGAUUUCAUUUUAUUGAAAUCAAACUCUUAGAAUUCAUCUGUGAAAGAGUCGCCGCCAUGCGUGGGCCAGGUUGCCUGGUCUUGAUUCUCCUUACAGCUGGUGCGUCCAUUGUCCAGUCAUCGGUACCAUUACAAGGAAUAAACUACAACCAAAAUCCAAGUUACCAGCCCUACGCGGCUGCAUAUUCUCGAGCCCAGCCUCCCAGGGGUUACGCACAGGUCCAGGCAGCGUAUUCUCACUUCCAGGCCCCCUAUGCACAGAAUGAACGCCAGUACCGCUUUCCUUAUGCACAGCCUCAGGCCAAAGUGCAAGCUGGAUAUUAUCCCCAGUCCAUCUCUUCCAUGCCUCCUGCAUGUCCUGCUUCGUGCCCUCGGAGCUGUUACCCACAAUGCACUUCAAGCUGUUGUUCGCCACCUACCCCUCCUCCACCCCCUCCCCCACCACCACCACCACCACCCCCUCCCUCAUGUCCUGCCGGGUGCCCAAAAUGGUGUAUACCCAAAUGUAACGUAGAAUGUUGCAAUCCCAAACCCCCACCGAUGCCUGAGUACCUCAAGAGACAACAGCUGGCCGCAACAGCUUGUGAGGGAAAGAAGUUACGGAUCACGUGUCCAAACCGGUCAGACAGGAUUAUCAUGUACAGCACGUUCUAUGGUCGGGAUGAUAACAAUACCUGCCAUCAUGAUGUUUUACCGUCAUCUGGGUACUGUAACGAACAGCAGCACAGAGUGAACGAGAAGGUCUUUGAUCUUUGUGGACACGAAAGAAAGUGUAUCGUAGCAGUGAAUAACCAUUUAUUCGCAAAAGACAAUACCACAAUCUGUCCUGGUGUCUAUAAAUACCUCAAGGUUAUCUACAAAUGCUCACAGCAUCCCAAGAUCUUCCCGAUCUGUCCUCUUCCUUGUCAAAACCCAAAGAAUUGUUUUCCAAAAUGCGCGAGCGAUUGCUGCUCACCGCAGCCGCCUAAACCAAAGGCUGAUUCAAAUCCCAAAGCACCUCCAGCAGCGCCUGCACCUCCACCACCUGCAGCAGCUAGUUGCCCAGCAGCUUGUCCCUCGUACUGUAAGCCACCUUGUACCCCACAGUGUUGCUAUGGUUCACAACAACAAGACCAAGAACAACCACAACUGCACGGAAGUGUACAGCAACCAUAUGGUGUAUUAUCGUCAUACCUUACUGCACGAGCAAAGCGCCCACGUCCAUCAUACUUAACCAUGUAUGGGACCCGUGCAGGAGAUAGUCAGUACACAAAACCACAGAUGAGAUAUUUCUCCACACAAUAUUCUUCAAACCCGCGAAAUUUGUUUGAAAAUUACAGAAGGUAUCCACUGAGCCCACUAAAUUGUCCAGCGGCGUGUAGACGCACAUGCGCACCAGGGUGUCCUCGACAGUGCUGCCCUGUCGUCGCUAGGAGACCGUAUUAUGGAAGAUUUAUGACAAAGUUGGAUAACAAGGGUUCAAUGUGGGAUUAAACACCGGAGUAUUCUGCAGGAGACGAAAAGAUGACGUUAUUCUACGUUAUUUAGAUGAACGAAUGCAAGUUUUUUUGCAUGAAUUUGAUAAUAUUUAUUCGAGACGGAUCCUUCCAGUCCUGCUGCUGUGUACAUAAAAUAACGAUUCGCAAUGAACGAUCAGCAUUAGAGAAAAGUCAGAAUAGAUUUUGUAUAAUCUUAAAAACCAUGUCAACAGUACUACAUCUGUUAUUAGGUUUGAAACCGCAUCUUUUCUCUAUUAAUAUUCAUCUGGCUCUUCAGUUACUUAAAGGUCGAAAGAAUCAUCGAGAGAUUCGUGGUUCAGCCGACGUUCUGCACAAAUCGUAAGCCUACAUACACAACAGUGAAGUGUGCAAAUAGAUGCGUCAUUCUACGAAAUCUGUCAACAGUCGUUCAUCAGUCAAAAACACAAUGUAGACUUGAAAAACGACGAGUUAAUCUAGAAUAGAGGAUGACAGAACUGAUCCAAAGCCGUUAAGAAAGUCCUCACAGAAUACCAAUUCAAGAAUAAGUAAGAGUGAAGGAAUUUCUUUCCUUUAUGGUGCAGGGGAAAAUGAUGAAGUUUUUCUUGUUUUGGUUGUAUAUAAUUUGAGUGUUAAAUUUUUAAAAUUCUUUCGACAAUUAAUCUCAACAGAAAUGUUCGUCCUUCUGUUCACUAGUCAGUACUAAAUAAUAUAGGAUGAUAUUUAGAUAUUGUUGCUUGUAUUGCGCGCAUUGUCCAUGCACUGAUAUGAUCAAAUGCGCAAAAUAUAAUACUAGGUAGCAUAAAAACAUGUUUUUUUUCUGUAAUGAUCAUGGAGUAAAGCUCGCAAAUGCCUUUAUACAGUGCGACUUUUGUUCGCAAGCUUUUACUUUCUUAUUGUACAUACUUUCAGUUGUUUCAGUGCAUACUAAAAAUUACGAUUCAAGUGCAACUCUUUCUCCGGUCACAUACAGUUGUACAAACAUUUAACAUUUAAUGAUGUUAGCUAAAAUGUAAAUACAAUAAAAUAAGACAAUUACGUUGUA